GCACGUCCUCGCCGCCGCGCCGCCGGUCCGGUCGUGCGAGCCCUGGCCGAGAGCCGUCCGCCUGCCGCCGCCGCCCGCUCGGCCGCUGCCCGCUCCUCGGCCUCGCCCCGCGGCCAGCCCGGUCCCCUCGUGUCCGCUGCCGGAGCCCGCGCCCCCAGGCUGCCCGCUGCCCGCCCCGACCAUGCUGUCCUUCCAGUACCCCGACGUGUACCGCGACGAGACCGCCGUUCAAGAUUAUCAUGGACAUAAAAUUUGUGACCCUUAUGCUUGGCUUGAAGACCCGGACAGCGAGCAGACAAAGGCUUUCGUGGAGGCCCAGAACAAGAUUACUGUGCCAUUUCUUGAGCAGUGUCCUAUCAGAGGUUUAUACAAAGAGAGAAUGACCGAACUGUAUGACUAUCCCAAAUAUAGUUGCCACUUCAAGAAAGGAAAACGGUAUUUUUAUUUUUACAACACAGGUUUGCAGAACCAGCGAGUAUUAUAUGUGCAGGAUUCCUUAGAAGGUGAGGCUAGAGUGUUCCUGGACCCCAACACACUGUCCGACGAUGGCACGGUGGCGCUCAGAGGUUAUGCGUUCAGUGAAGAUGGUGAAUAUUUUGCCUAUGGUCUGAGUGCCAGUGGCUCAGACUGGGUGACGAUCAAGUUCAUGAAAGUCGAUGGUGCCAAAGAGCUUCCAGAUGUGCUUGAAAGAGUCAAGUUCAGCUGUAUGGCCUGGACCCAUGAUGGGAAGGGAAUGUUCUACAACUCUUACCCCCAACAGGAUGGAAAAAGUGAUGGCACAGAGACAUCCACCAAUCUUCACCAAAAGCUCUGCUACCAUGUCUUGGGGACCAAUCAGUCAGAAGAUAUUUUGUGUGCUGAGUUUCCUGAUGAACCUAAGUGGAUGGGUGGAGCUGAGUUAUCUGAUGAUGGUCGCUAUGUCUUGUUAUCAAUAAGGGAGGGAUGUGACCCAGUGAACCGACUCUGGUACUGUGACCUACAGCAGGAAUCCAAUGGCAUCACUGGAAUCUUGAAGUGGGUAAAACUGAUCGACAACUUUGAAGGAGAGUACGACUAUGUAACCAACGAGGGGACAGUGUUCACGUUCAAGACGAAUCGCCAUUCUCCCAACUAUCGGCUAAUCAACAUCGACUUCACGGAUCCUGAUGAGUCUAAGUGGAAAGUACUUGUUCCUGAGCACGAGAAAGAUGUCUUAGAAUGGGUCGCUUGUGUCAGGUCCAACUUUUUGGUCUUAUGCUACCUCCAUGAUGUGAAGAAUGUUCUGCAGCUCCAUGACCUGACUACUGGUUCUCUCCUCAAGACCUUCCCGCUCGAGGUUGGCAGCAUCGUGGGGUACAGCGGUCAGAAGAAAGACUUCGAAAUCUUCUAUCAGUUUACUUCCUUUUUAUCUCCAGGCAUCAUUUAUCACUGUGAUCUUACCAAAGAGGAACUGGAGCCAAGAGUUUUCCGAGAGGUGACUGUAAAAGGAAUCGAUGCUUCUGAUUACCAGACAAUCCAGAUUUUCUACCCUAGCAAGGAUGGUACAAAGAUUCCAAUGUUUAUUGUGCAUAAAAAAGGCAUAAAACUGGAUGGCUCUCAUCCUGCUUUCUUAUAUGGCUACGGUGGCUUCAACAUAUCAAUCACACCCAACUACAGUGUGUCCAGGCUUAUUUUUGUGAGACACAUGGGCGGUGUCCUUGCGGUGGCCAACAUUAGAGGAGGUGGCGAAUACGGAGAGACGUGGCAUAAAGGUGGUAUCUUGGCCAACAAACAGAACUGCUUUGAUGACUUUUUGUGUGCUGCUGAAUAUCUGAUCAAGGAAGGUUACACAUCUCCCAAGAGACUGACUAUUAACGGAGGUUCAAAUGGAGGCCUCUUAGUGGCUGCUUGUGCAAAUCAGCGUCCUGAUCUCUUUGGUUGUGUUAUUGCCCAAGUUGGAGUAAUGGAUAUGCUGAAGUUCCAUAAAUACACCAUCGGUCAUGCCUGGACCACCGAUUAUGGGUGUUCAGACAGCAAACAACACUUUGAAUGGCUUGUCAAGUACUCUCCUCUGCAUAACGUGAAGUUACCGGAGGCAGACGACGUGCAGUACCCUUCCAUGCUUCUCCUCACUGCCGACCACGAUGACCGCGUGGUCCCACUUCACUCCCUGAAGUUCAUUGCCACCCUUCAGCACAUCGUGGGCCGCAGCCGGAAGCAGAGCAACCCCCUGCUUAUCCACGUGGACACCAAGGCAGGCCAUGGGGCAGGGAAGCCCACAGCCAAAGUGAUAGAAGAGGUGUCAGACAUGUUUGCAUUCAUAGCGCGGUGCCUGAACAUUGACUGGAUUCCAUAAGUGGAAUGUCCUGCUCCAUCCUGACAGCCACAGAAAACCUCAAGGGCUUUCACACCGUUCAAACCAAGAAACCACUGGGCAUAAUGCUUCCCCACAUGAACACUGUUCCUGCACUCACAGACUACAGUUGAACAGAACUACUGUGGGAAUUUUAUCUUUUUUAGGCUUCUCCUUUUUAGCAAGCCCUUGGCGUUUCUUUUUCCACCCUGUCCAGGCACAUGUUUUAAAAAAAAAAAAAAAGGCAUGUUUGGAUAAAUAGCUAAAUGGCCGCAAACAUGUUGUGAAUAUUAGAUUGCUGAAUUAAGGGUCGUAGUCUAGCAUACUUCAUAUAUAACACCUCAGUGACAUUUGCUUCUAUAACCAUAACCUAUAUCUCUUUAAAUAAAUGUGGGAACUGUUCUCAUGAAAAAGACUUCUUUGCAAAAUAAUAAAUAUUUAAGAAUGGGA